CUGCCCCGCCUCCCUUCGGUUCUCCGGCGGCGGCCAGCGUAGGACAAUGGAAGAGGCGGCAGCGGCGUUAGCAGCUGCAGCAGCGGCGGCGGCGGCGGGGGGGCCGUGCCCGGCGGACCGACCGGGGGCAGCGGCGGCGGCGCUGAGCGGGGAGAACGAGGCCGAGAGCCGGCAGGGCCCGGCGGAGCGCGACGGGGACGCGGCCCCGCUCAACCUGUUGGACACUUGCGGCGUGUGCGGGCAGCCUAUCCAGAGCCGGCGGCCCAAGCUGCUGCCCUGCCUGCACUCGGUGUGCCAGCGCUGCCUGCCGCCGCCGGACCGGUACCUCAUGCUGCCCCCCGUCCUGACCUCCGCGGCCGCCGCCGCCCUCAAGGAGCCGCCGGUGGCGGCGCCUCCCUCCUCGCCCGUCUCUUCGCAAGCCUCACCGCUGCACUGCACGCCCAGUAAGUGCCCCUUCUUGCCCGUACCCCCUUUGCCUCUGCCUGGGGGUUCUGCCCCCUCCAACCCGGAGGCCCGUGGGCCGCGUUUGGGGGGACGGGGAGCUGUCGGGACCGGGUGCCGUGGGCGGGUGCGGGUGCCCGGCCGCGGAGCUGCCGGGGCACGGAGCUGUCGGGAUGGGAUCUGCUCGCCAGCGCCAAGGCUGGCGGCGGGGUUGUGCUUCGGCUCGGUUUGUUUUAAUCGUUAUUUUUUAAAUUUCCCACCUCGGAGGGAAGGCAGAGCUACUGCGCUUUCCCAGGACCUCUGUGUGCGGGCGGAGAGGGGCGGUGAGAGCCGGCCUCCCGCUCCGGGCCGCGGGUGCGGGGCCGGGCAGCCGUUAUCGGCGGAGCCGGGAGGCUUUGGCCCCUGGCCGGCGGAAAACCUGAGCACGGUAUGUAUAUUCCAAACUUAUUUUAACAGCUACCUUUCUUCCUCUUGUCAGGUCUGCACAAGCUGUGAGGACAAUGCAGAAGCUCAUGGGUUUUGUGUGGAAUGUGUAGAGUGGUUGUGCAAGACCUGCAUCAGAGCUCACCAGAGGGUUAAAUUCACAAAGGAUCAUACUGUGAGGCAGAAAGAGGAAGUAUCUCCAGAGGCAGUUGGAGUGACCAGUCAGCGGCCAGUGUUCUGCCCUUACCACAAAAAGGAGCAGCUGAAGUUAUAUUGUGAAACCUGUGACAAGCUGACCUGCAGAGACUGCCAGUUACUAGAGCACAAAGAGCACAGGUACCAGUUUAUAGAAGAAGCUUUUCAGAACCAGAAAGUUAUCAUUGAGACACUAAUCACCAAAUUGAUGGAGAAGACUAAGUACAUAAAAUAUACAGGGAAACAGAUCCAUAACAGAAUUCUUGAAGUGAAUCAGAAUCAAAAGCAGGUGGAACAGGAUAUUAAAGUUGCCAUAUUUACACUGAUGGUAGAAAUAAAUAAAAAGGGAAAAGCUCUGCUGCAUCAGUUGGAGACUCUGGCAAAAGAGCACAGGAUGAAACUUCUGCAGCAACAACAGGAAGUGGCAGGUCUCUCUAAACAGCUGGAACAUGUCAUGAAUUUUUCCAAAUGGGCAGUUUCCAGUGGGAGCAGCACAGCACUGUUGUACAGUAAACGUUUGAUUACAUAUCGACUACGGUAUCUCCUCCGGGCAAGGUGUGAUCCUUCCCCAGUGACUAACAAUACCAUCCAGUUCCACUGUGAUCCUAGCUUCUGGGCUCAGAAUAUUUUCAAUCUAGGUUCUUUAGUAAUUGAAGAUAAGGAAACUCCACCACAUAUGCCCAAGAGCCCUGUGAUGGAAGCAAACUUGCAGCCACCAGGCAGCUUACCUCCCAACCAGCUCUCCAAGUUCCCAACCCAGAUCAGCUUGGCUCAGCUGCGCCUGCAGCACAUGCAGCAGCAGGUCAUGGCUCAGAGGCAGCAAGCACAGCGCAGAGCAGGACCUGCAGUUCUGCCAAACACUAGAGUGCCAGGAGCCAUGCAACAACCUCCUGCUUCUCAUCAGGCACCUCCACGCUUGAUUCAUUUUCAGAAUCAUAGUCCUAAGCCAAAUGGUUCAGCUCUUCCUGGACAACAGAUGAGAUUUCCCCAAAAUCAGAACCUACCAAGGCCAGCAGUGAAGCCCAACCCAUUGCAAAUGGCAAUCUUGGCACAGCAAGCUAUAAAACAGUGGCAGAUCAGUAGUGGACAAGCUUCAUCCAUCCCUUCAACUGCAAGCAGCUCCACAUCGACUCCAUCCAGCCCCACAGUCACCAGCGCUGCUGGAUGUGAUGGGAAGAAUUAUGGCCCCCCUGUGAUAGAUUUGAGUUCCCCAGUGGGCAGCUCCUAUAAUCUGCCAUCCCUCCCUGAUAUUGAUUGUUCAGGAAACAUCACACUGGAUAAUGCUGUAAGGAAGGAUGGCACUGUAGAGCAGAAUCAGCCAAAACCCCCUUCAAACAGGACUGUGCAGUCACCAAACUCCUCAGUGCCAUCACCAGGCCUCUCAGGAGGAGUCAGUGUGACAAGCGUACACCCUCCAAUUCGUUCACCCAGUGCCUCCAGUGUUGGGAGCAGAGAGAGUUCUGGCUCCUCCAGCAGGCCACCAGGAGCUGAUUCCACACACAAAGUCCCUGUUGUUAUGUUGGAGCCCAUCAGAAUUAAGCAGGAGUCAAGUCCCUCAAACGAGGCCUUUGAUUUCCCCAUCGUUGUCGUGAAGGAAGAGGAGGAGGAAUCCCGGCCUCGGAAUUCCAUACUUACUUCCUUGCUGCUGGAUACCAGUCACAAUUCCACUUCUGAGGAAGCCAUGCUAAGAACAGAUGCACCAGACAGCACAGAUGACCAGCCAGGGGCACUGCAGGAGAACACAUUCCCUGGGAAAACAGGAUGGAUGGGAUCCUCCCACGCUGGCGAGGGCAGAAAAGAGGAUGAUCCCAAUGAAGAUUGGUGUGCUGUAUGCCAAAAUGGAGGGAAGCUCCUCUGCUGUGAGAAGUGUCCCAAAGUAUUCCAUCUUUCUUGUCAUGUCCCUACGUUGAUGAGCUUUCCAAGUGGUGAGUGGAUCUGUACAUUCUGUCGGGAUUUGUCCAAGCCAGAAGUUGAAUAUGACUGUGAUAAACCUGCUCACAGCUCUGAAAAAAGAAAAUUGGAAGACACCAUGGGUUUGGCACCCAUAGACCGCAGGAAGUGUGAAAGACUGCUGCUAUACCUCUACUGUCAUGAAAUGAGUCCUGCCUUUCAAGAUCCAGUUCCUCCCACAGUCCCUGAUUACUACAGAAUAAUCAAGAAGCCUAUGGACUUGUCAACCAUCAAGAGAAGACUUGAAGUGACCAAUUCAUUCUACACAAAGCCAGAAGAUUUUGUGGCUGAUUUCAGACUGAUUUUCCAAAACUGUGCUGAAUUUAAUGAGCCUGAUUCAGAAGUGGCUGAUGCUGGCAUGAAACUCGAAGCCUACUUUGAAGACCUUCUAAGGAAUCUUUAUCCUGAGAGAAAGUUCCCUGUACAGCCAAGCAGCAAGAGUGAAAAAGAUAACCCAGAGCUUACUGAUGACUCGGAUGAUGACUUUGUACAGCCCCGGAAAAAACGCCUCAAAGGAGAAGAGCGUCAGUUCCUUAAAUGAGCCACAUGUGUUACUACAGAAAGUUUUUUAAAAACUGAAAAUAUUUAUCACUGGUAUCACUGUUUUGACUUGUAGGUUUGUGAAUAUUUACUAGACUUUCUACCCCCUGUCUGAAACACAAAUCUAAUGGAGAUCAAGGAAUGUGAAGAGCUUCUCUGAAGUUCAAACCUUUCAUCUCUUUUCUGGAGCAGCUCAGAAAUUGCCAUUUGCGUGGGGUGACAGCUGUUUAACUUUGCUUUGAAGAAGUUUGUAUAAAAUUGAACUUCAAAACACAACAUGAGUUCAACAUGUGGCUUCUCUGAGUUUAAAAUGUGAUCUCACCAGACUUUUAAUUUUACCAAAGGCAUGUGGCUGGCCAUAAUUUGAUCUCUCUGUACUGUAUUUAACACAAGCCAUGAAAAAAGAUGGUGUAAUGUUAUUGUCCUGCAGUACUGGUUGGUACAAUGAAAGUGUAGUCGCCCCCAAAGAAGUUACUGGAAAUUUUUAAAUGUAAGGGAGAGGGUAUUAAAAAUAACUUAAAAAAAAAGAAAAAGAAGAAGAAUUUGUGUGAGAGUUUCUAAUGGAGGAAGUAAAGAACAGAAUAUUUUGGUUUGGGCCAUGUUUCUCACCACCAGCAGGAACCAAUGGUAUUUCUGUACUAUUUUAACAGGUGUCUCAAGUGUGAUGUACCUCUGUUAAAUGAAGUUGGUGGGAAAGUCUUAAGUGGAAAAAUGUUUGUUUGCAAAACCAGUCAUUUUUGUGAAUUUUUAAAAGAGGGGAGAAAAAGCAUCCUUUCUGUGCACAAUCUCUUGUUCUUUUCCCACAUUUCUAAAUAUGUCAGAAUGCAACCAGUAUUCACUCGGGAGUACACAAGUUUGAAGAGAAAGAUAUUGCUCUUCAGCCUUCCAUCUGUCCCUGAUCACCUGAAAACAAAGAUGAAUUACCUUAUUUUGUUCCAGCUACUUUCCAGAAGCUCUGACAACAACCUUGGGAUUGCUUCUGUACUCAGAGCACACCUCCAGUGCGACCCACCUGUGAAAGCUUUCCAUCAGUUCUGUGGUUCCAGCUGGCUCCCUGAAAAACUCCAAACUUUAUCCAAACAAAACUUCAUCUGACUCUGACCUUUUAUUUUAAGGCAUCUCCAAGGGCAUUGCUUGAGGUUUCAUUCCUGUGAGGGAAGAUUCCCUUGACUUUAGCACUGCUGAUGGAUGAUG